GUGCGGUUACUAAAUGCCGACUUUGUCAUAGUUACUCUGAACCAGCCUAUUAUAUUAGUUAAGUUUCUUAUUUCCCGCCUAAUUAGACCAUUUUCAUUGACAGAAAGAACCAUCAAAUUGUGGCGGCUGUCUGAGGUUCCUGUUCAGGAAGUCUCCAAUAUGAACUUUCCUACUCAGAGUGGAUGUAGAAAGAAAGUUGUUAUUAGAUCAUCUUCAGACAUCCGUGUACCUGCUUAUUCAAAUGAGGCCCAAGCCACAAUUGUUCGUAUGUCCAACAAACAUACCUACACUAGAGGCCAUGGAUUUUCGAUAACAGACAUCGCUCCGUGUGCUGAUAUGGAGUACUUUUUGUCUGCUGAUCCCCUGCGAAUAAAUCUUUGGAAUCUGCAUGUACAUGAUGAAUCCUUUAACGUCGUAGAUCUGAUGCCCCCGCGCAUGGAAGACAUAUCACAUCUCAUUACUGGGCUCGUAUGUGCAAACCGGUCUCCAUCCUUAUUUGCCUAUAGUACCAAUAGAGGAUCAAUUCGAUUAUGUGAUACUAGAUCCAGUGCCCUCUGUGAUAGACCCAUACUGACUUUUGAUAGCCUAGCUGCUGACGAACCCAGCCUCCUAACUUUACUCAUUAACUCAAUUUCGAGCAUCAGCUUCGGAAAUACGUCUGACAGAUUUGUUUUCGCCAGAGAUUAUCUAAACGUAAAGGUAUGGGACAUUCAAAUGCCAUCUUGUCCAAUGGAGGUUUAUCCUAUUCAGGCGCAUUUGCGAUCUCAUCUCAGUGUAAUAUAUGAUGCCGAAUUGAUAUUUGAUGACUUUAAGCUUGCAAUUUCUCCUGAUGACAGGUAA